UUUAUAACCUAAACACGUUUGUCAACUUGUCACUUAUUAUUGUCAAUAAUAUUUUGAUACUGGUUGAGACAUGUUUUGUGGUUUACUUGUUUACAUUUUACAUUAAUUUCCCGUGGUUAAUUUUAAUAUUUUUUGUGAGAAGAGAUUUCUCAGUGAUGUCAUUGUCUGGAAAUUUGGGAAGUCCCUCAAAAGAUACAAUCUCAAGCAGCGGAAGUCUCGUUGGCAGCGAAAAUUUACCAAGAGAUUUUAGUAGGUUGUCUCUAUUCUCUUCUGGUUCUGCUACUUCUCAAGAUGAGCAGUUUAGGAGUGAAGGACACGCAGAACAUAGUCUCUCCUGCAUGCAAAAUUACUUACAAGCCGGGAAAUUGUGUGAUGUAACGCUUGUGGCUGGCAAUAAUGGAAAAAAAGUGCAAGCACACAGACUUGUUCUUUCUGCUGCUAGUGAAUAUUUCGCCGCGAUGUUUACUAGCAAUUUACGAGAGUCGGGAGAAUCUGAAAUAACUCUCGGUGAUGUUAGCGGUGAUGUAUUACAAGCUGUUGUAAAUUACUGCUACACGGGUGCAAUCGACAUAAGAGAAGACAAUGUAGAAACACUUCUAUCAACAGCGUGCCUAAUGCAAUUACACGAAGUUGUGGAAGCCUGUUCACGAUUUCUCGCCCAUCAACUGCAUCCAAGCAAUUGUCUCGGUAUUGCGGUUUUCGCCGAACACCAAGCUUGUACGAGCUUGUUACAAGAAGCCAAUGCUUAUACAAGUCAGAAUUUUAUGCAAGUAAUACGAAACCAAGAAUUCCUUCAAUUAAAUGCGGAGCAAAUGAGAAAUUUGUUAUCAAACGAUGAUUUAAAUGUCACGUCUGAGGAACACAUUUUUCAUGCUUUGAUGAGUUGGAUCAAUCAUGAUCCAGUCGAGAGGAAGCGACUGAUUGGUCUGUUACUCGCUUUUGUUAAACUCCCCCUACUGUCGCCAGAAUUUCUGACAGAUCAAGUGGAACCAGCUGUUGGAUCUGACCCAGCCUGUCAGACACUUAUCAUGGAGGCAUUCAAGUGGCACUUAUUGCCCGACAGGCAUUUUCAAAUGGCUAGUAGUAGGACUAGACCACGGAAAGCUACACUUGGGAGGUUACUAGUUGUAGGUGGCAUGGAUAAAAACAAAGGAGCAACGACGAUAGAGAGUUACGAUCCGAGGAGUAACCUAUGGACGGUGUCACACCACAUGAGUGGGCGGAGACUACAAUUCGGGAUUGCACUUUUGGGCGACAAAUUAUUAGUCGUGGGUGGCCGCGACGGUUUGAAAACUCUAAACACAAUGGAAUGCUUGGAUAUGGAGACCGGAUCUUGGACCCAAUUAUCACCAAUGAACACCCACAGACAUGGAUUGGGCGUGGCCGUUUUGGGCGGGACCUUAUACGCGGUAGGCGGACACGAUGGGUGGAGUUAUCUCAAUAACGUCGAACGGUGGGACCCUGUGACUCGAUCUUGGAGCUAUGUCACCCCCAUGCAAAGUCAGAGAUGUUCAGCCGGUGUUGCCGUUCUAAAAGGCAAACUUUAUGCAGUGGGGGGUCGCGAUGGAGCUUCUUGUUUGCGCACGGUGGAGUGCUAUGACCCCCAUACUAACAAAUGGACGAUGUGUGCCCCCUUGGCUAGGAGACGUGGUGGUGUUGGAGUAGCUGUAGCCAAUGGUUAUUUGUAUGCUUUAGGGGGACAAGAUGCUCCGGCGAAUAAUCCAGCCGCGAGUAGAUUUGAUUGUGUCGAGAGAUACGAUCCCAGCACUGAUACUUGGAUUGUGAUCGCGUCAUUGUCAAGCAAACGUGAUGCCGUGGCAGCUUGUUUAUUUGGAGACAGACUUGUAGCUGUUGGAGGCUACGAUGGUAGUCACUAUUUAAGAACAGUGGAGCAGUACGACCCCAUUAAUAACGAAUGGACUGUUCUAGCACCUUUAAUUACAGGUAGAGCAGGUGCUUGCGUUAUUGCAGUGUCAAAUGCUCACGUGCAAUCAGUUGACAGCUAUAAGGUGUUGCUUUGUGACACAAAGACUGAACUGAACUGAAUUUAUUUCUACUAUUCUUCCAAGAGUGUUUACAUUUCUUAUGUAAAUAUCGUGUGAUAAAAACAUUGCAUUCGAGUCGGCUUCACUGCCAAAUGUUUACUAGAAUAUGAGAAAUUGUAAUCUCGUAAAUAUUACACCGUUGACUAUUAUUAAUGUAUUCACCCAAUUUUGAAUUUUGUGAUGAUUAUAUUAUAUUCAUGUUUUCUGCAAGGAAUAGUCGCUAAGAUUUAUUUACUAUGUAAAAAUUGUACUUUCCAAAAAUCUUGUAAAAAUGUUUCCUGUGAUAACGACUUAUAAAAUUAAGAUCUUGCAGAAAAAUAUGGUGAGAAAUUGUGAUAAUUAGGCAGUUGUGAAACAUUUUGCAAAUAAACUUUCUCAGUUUUUUUAUUCAA